GUUUUUGUGUCAUUUCUGAUAAAAAAAAUCGCUGGAGUGAACUAAUUGGCGACUUCAGUUGAUCAUGAGAUUUGUACGGGCUCACUUAUAGUGAUAUAGUCGAAAAACCGGAAUAAUUAUUUCGAUUGAAUCUUAUCAAUUUACCUGAUAUAUCAUUAACAGAAUCAAUGAGCGUAGUAGAUGUCAAUGCCAUGCAAGUGGAAAAAGAAACACAAAAACAUGGUUCAAACAUCAAUUAUGGUAUUGACGAUACACCACCAUGGUACUUAUGCUUGUUCAUGGCUCUGCAGCAUUAUCUGACAAUGAUUGGAGCAAUCGUAUCCAUCCCAUUUAUAUUAACACCGGCACUUUGCAUGGAAGACAAGGAUCCAGCGAGAGGGAUAAUUAUAUCAACGAUGAUAUUCGUCACCGGUCUGGUGACAUAUAUUCAAGUGACUUGGGGAUGUCGACUACCAAUUGUCCAGGGAGGCACAAUAUCCUUUCUAGUGCCAACUCUAGCUAUACUGAAUCUUCCACAAUGGAAAUGCCCUAGUGAGGAUAUUAUAGGAGCAAUGGAUUCAGCAGAAAAAACAGAACUAUGGCAAACGAGGAUGCGAGAAUUGUCAGGAGCGAUAGUGGUGUCCGCUAUCUUCCAGGUCUUCAUUGGAUAUACCGGGUUAGUCGGUAAACUUCUGAAAAUUAUAACACCGCUCACAAUUGUGCCUACAGUAUCCUUAGUGGGUCUAACAUUAUUCUCGCACGCCAGUGAAACUGCAUCAAAGCAUUGGGGAAUAGCUAUAGGAACCAUUUUUCUAAUGACAUUUUUUUCUCAAGUAAUAACAAAUAUUCAAGUUCCGAUUAUCAAAUAUCGAAAAAGAUUCGGAAUAAAAAUAGGGUGGUUCCCACUAUUUAAGCUUUUUCCUGUGUUACUUACAAUUACAAUUAUGUGGACUCUUUGUUUCGUGUUAACAGCUUUCAACGUUUUCCCAGAAAGUCAUCCGGCUCGCACGGACGUACGAAUUAAAGUAUUAGAAGAUGCAGCGUGGUUCCGCGUACCAUAUCCGGGACAGUUUGGAACACCAACUGUCACAUUGGCUGGUGUAUUGGGAAUGCUGGCCGGAGUUUUAGCAUGUACAGUAGAAUCGAUCAGCUACUAUCCAACUGUUUCCCAAAUGUGCAAUGCUCCUCCACCUCCUCUUCAUGCUAUUAAUCGAGGAAUUGGUACAGAAGGCCUUGGAACCAUACUUGCUGGAUUUUGGGGAUCAGGAAAUGGUACUAAUACAUUCGGUGAAAAUGUUGGUGCUAUUGGUGUUACGAAAGUUGGAAGUCGACGAGUUAUUCAAUGGGCUGCACUAAUCAUGAUACUACAGGGAGUAAUAAAUAAAUUGGGAGCUGUCUUCAUAAUGAUACCAGAUCCGGUAGUUGGCGGUAUAUUUUGUGUUAUGUUCGGAAUGAUAGCGGCUUUUGGUCUCUCCACCUUGCAAUAUGUUGAUCUUCGAUCUGCACGAAAUUUAUAUAUCCUAGGUUUGUCCAUUUUCUUCCCUCUGGUACUAUGCUUAUGGCUUAAGGAUCAUCCAGAUUUUAUACAAACUGGAAACGAAACAUUAGACUCAACUUUAACCGUCCUACUUAGCACAAGUAUUCUUGUCGGAGGAAGUCUUGGUUGUAUUCUAGAUAAUCUUAUCCCAGGAACUGCUGAGGAGCGUGGUUUAUUAGCGUGGAGCAAAGAAAUGGUAAUAGAAAAUACAAACGAGGAUAUAGUCAUCAGCUCUACGUUCGACUUUCCUUAUGGCAUGCAAACACUAAGAAGGUGGAAGUGGACAAGACAUAUUCCAUUUUUACCAACAUAUAAAAUGAAGCUAUAAUCUUUUGUCAGAUUUAUUGUAGAAACAUGUACGAAAAUAUAGUAUUGGAAUAUAGUAUUGU